AUGGCUUUAGGUGUUGAAGUAGCCGGUAGUGUGGUAUCACUUAUAGAUGCUGCCCUCAGAAUAGUUCAAGAAGCCCGUAAGGCGCGCCACAGGGUAUUAGGAAUCCCUACAACACUGGAUAAUGUCUCAAAGCAACUGGACAGCAUCGAAGAAUCUUUGACUCUUGUGCGAGAGGAGAGAAAUCUACAGAACCUUGCCAUCGAGCAACAACUUCAGACUAUCACCCAAGUUGCCGGCGAACUUAAACAAUUCUACGAUGGGCUUUCUCUCGUCCAACAGAGAAGUUCCACCUCCAAAUUCAUCCGCUCUUUGAGGGUGGGUGAUCACGAAGAGAAGAGUCUAGAGGCAAUCCUCAAGCGACUUGACACAGCCAAGGGUGAUCUUAUCAUACGUAUCCUUGUUGCACAUGUUGGCGUAGUCGGAAACUUCCAGGAUGGCAUGCGAGUUGCAUACAACGAACUUGCAGAGACAAACACGAACAUACAGCGUGUCUUGGGCGUUAAAAUGGCCCUUUGGGAAAGGAUCGAGAACCGUGAUCGUGCAUUAGACGGAACAGUCCCUGUUUUCACUGCCGACCUCGAGUCUCUUGAAGCACCUCGCUUCAACACAUCCGCUCAAGCAGUACAAAACUCGAUAUAUGGCAACAAAGGCGUUAGCUAUGUUAUGACUGGAAACGUUGGAGUGAAGUCCAACUAUCGAGCUGCACCGCGGACAAAUGCAAUUACCAACGAUGGCUUUGGCCAAGAUGGAAAGGUCAUGACAGGAGAUAUCGGUGGUGCUGCUGCUGAAUCAUUCAACCAGAACUUUUGGAAAUGA